AUGAAUUCCAAUGAUGAUGACGUUAGCAGCUUAGGGCCCUCUGCCACUGCUGAUAUGGUCACUCACACUACUACAGUCGAGACUGCAACGCUUGUUCUUCCAGAUGACACGCUUCGUCCCGGAGAUGAAUUCAUACUUCAGACGACAACUGAGAUUGCCGCCGCCACAUCAGACGCACCCUUGCAGCAAGGAGGAGGUCACGUCAUUCACAUUGAGGGUAUUGUGGACCUCGAUGAACUCAGGGAUCUUGUACCUGGUAUUGAUGAGGAUGAAUUUGCGACGUUGUUGCACACACACCAACAAGCUAACGGUGAUGAUGAUGACGAUGAUGAUGACGAAGAUAACACAACUCUACUCUCCACACUGUUCCACCUUGACGAGCAGUCACACCUGCUGGGGGACAUAGAAUCAGAACAGCAAGAGCUGGAAGAUGUUCCUGUUUCAGCUGACGCGUUUCUGGAGACUAUUGCAAACGCAAUGCCACCAACAGAAGUAUCUCGAGCGAAUAAGACACAGACUUACGAAACGUCAAACCAGGCCUUUCUGUUGUCAGUACCUAUGACUAAUGCAUCACUGGCUUCAGGAGAAGAGCAGACUUUAGUAUUGGCCAUGCCCGAAAUCAAUGAAUCAGAGCCACUCAUCAUGGAAGAAUCCGAAGUUCAGGCUGGAGAUUUGAACGAGGAAGGAGAGGAAGACGAUGACGAAUACCAUGGAUUUGUUGAUAUGGUCCGUCAGUAUUCGGAAUACCUUCCUCAGAUUCCUUCACUUCCAACUGACGUGCAAGAUGUCGAACUUGUCGCCACCCAUACAAUCGCCGAACAUACUCCAUCAGCCGAGGAGAAAGUCGAUGGCGAAGAAGAAGAAGAAGAAGAGGAGGAGGAGCACAUCGCACAUCUGGACUUAAUUGUGGAACGUAAAGUUCCUUUGAUUGGUUACGUGAUUUUAGUCGUUGGUCUGUUUGCUUUGGCUUCCGUUGGAGCAGCCUUAGAUUUACAAGAAGGUUCGGUUACUGCCACGAUGAAGUCGUAUUGGAGACUUCAGUCGACUGCAAUUUGUAUCUUCCCGAUUGCUGUGUUGUCGAUGGCGCAAACACCAAAAGACAAACUCGAGGAACAAUGGUCAUCACUAACAAGGAGGGAUCUUUAUUUCGAUUUGCCAAUUUGUGCCGCCAGCUAUUCGUUGCUGACAGCAGCUUUUGUGAUCGCUCUUGAAAAGACGAACUUGGCCAACGCCUUCGUACUUUCCAAUCUUGCAUCUCUUGUCAUCAUAUGUGGCAAGCUUGCUCUUGGUAUUAAAGUUUUGCUUUUGGAGGGCACUGGUGCGUUCAUUGGCUUAUCAGGGGCUGUCGUUUGUGCGCUUGCCCCCCCUGCAGUGGUGGUCGAGGCCACUGAUCGGAUGCUUAGUACCCUGACUUCAAACGAAGAACAAAUUGGGGAUGGCAUUGCUUUUCUGUGUUCCUUAGGAACAGCGAUGUAUCUGAUCAAAGCGAAGAAGCUCCGAUACAAGAUGGACCUUUUCGUAUUUAUGUUCUUGAUCUUCGCUCUUGCAUCAGUCUUUUUGCUAUGCUACAUGAUUAUGACGGGAGAAGAGAUUCGAAUUUCGGCGGAUCCAAACGUGGGGUUAUUUGGCUGGACGGACCUUGUCCCUGAUCGAUUGCCGCUGGAAUUGUACAUGGCAAUUGUUUGCAACAUUGCUGGUACAACUGGCUAUAUUGCCGUCAUGAAGUACUUUGAUCCAGUGGUCAUUACAAUGGUGAUGCUCACAGAACCUGCCGUUGCGACAUUACUUGGAAUUCUUGCUGGAGUCGAGAAACUACCAGUGGGACAAGUGAUCGUGGGAAAUGCUUUUGUCAUCCUUGGUAGCAUCAUUGUAAUUGCAUCAGAAUCGAAAUCGACCGAAUCCAUUGACGCUACGAAGGCUUUUACGACAGUCGAAGACACCGGUGGUACUACGGUAGUUCGAACUCCAAAGCUCAAACCUUCACACAAGAGUACAACCGCUACUGCAGCUGGCACGGAUUCUUCAACAAAUGUGAUAUGGAAACCAUCGUAG